AUGUCCGAAUUUGAGGAGCUAAACGCACUCGUUGACAGAGUCCAAGCGGCUCAAAAAGUAUUCGCAACGUACACUCAAGAACAAGUCGACAAGAUCUUUCGUGCAGCCGCUUUGGCGGCCGCCGAUGCUCGUAUCCCACUCGCCAUGAUGGCAGCUGAAGAGUCUGGCAUGGGAGUCAUUGAAGACAAGGUUAUCAAAAACCACUUUGCAUCUGAAUACAUCUACAACAAAUAUGCCGACUUCAAGUCUUGUGGAGUAUUGGAAACUGACGAUGAGAUGGGCACCAUGGUCCUUGCGGAACCUAUCGGUACCAUCUGCGGUGUCGUCCCAUGUACCAACCCUACAUCAACGACCAUCUUCAAAGCACUCAUUUGCUUGAAAACGAGAAACGGUAUUGUCUUUUCACCACAUCCACGUACCAAGAAGUCCACUGCCUACACUGCCAAGCUGGUAUUGGAGGCCGCUGUCAAAGCUGGAGCUCCACCAGAUAUUAUUGGAUGCAUCGCAGAACCCACUCUUCCUCUAUCACAAGCACUGAUGCAUCAUGAUGGAAUUGAUCUGAUUUUGGCCACUGGCGGACCAGCCAUGGUCAAGGCCGCAUAUUCUUCUGCCAAGCCUGCCAUUGGUGUCGGAGCUGGAAACACACCUGUUGUCGUCGACGAGACUGCCGAUGUCAAGCGAGUGGUGUCGUCCAUCUUGAUGUCCAAGACAUUCGACAAUGGUGUCGUUUGUGCUUCCGAACAAGCCGUUAUUGUCGUUGACGAAAUCUACGAACAAGUGAAGGAGCGAUUUUCCAGAUACGGAGGGUACUUCUUGAACACUGAGGAGAAGGAAAAGGUUCGCAAGAUUUUGUUCAAGAAUGGUGCCUUGAAUGCCCAGAUUGUUGGUCAGUCUGCCAUCAAGAUUGCCGAGCUUGCCGAUGUCCUGGUUCCACCCUACACCAAGAUCCUGAUCGGAGAAGGAGCCGAACUAUCGGAGCAAGACGAGUUUGCCCAUGAGAAGCUGUCACCUACCUUGGGAAUGUACCGAGCUUCUGACUUUAACGAAGCAGUCGAGAUGGCCGUCAAGGCAGUUGCCAUGGGUGGAGUUGGACACACGUCUUGUUUGUACACAAACCAAGACAAGAAUACUGAACGUAUCGAGCACUUUGGAAGGAAGAUGAAGACCGCUCGUAUCUUGUUGAACACACCCACAUCGCAUGGAGGUAUUGGGGAUCUUUAUAACUUCGCUCUUGCUCCAUCUUUGACUUUGGGUUGCGGAUCUUGGGGAGGUAACUCGAUUUCCGAGAACGUUGGACCAAAACACUUGAUGAACAAAAAGACAGUCGCAAAGAGAGCCGAGAAUAUGUUGUGGCACAAACUUCCACACUCCGUAUACUUCCGUCGUGGAGCAAUGGCAGUUGCUAUGGAAGAUUUGAAGGACUUCAAAAGGGCCUGCAUUGUGACGGACAAGUUCUUGUACAACCACACGCCAUAUGUGCAUGAGCUGACGGAGCUCUUGAAGGCCCGUGGUAUUGAGUGCCAAACCUUCUACGAAGUCCAAGCUGAUCCUACUUUGACUACCAUCCGAAAGGGAACCGACGUCUUGGACAACUUUGUACCUGAUUUGAUUAUUGCUAUUGGAGGAGGAUCUCCCAUGGACGCCGCCAAGAUGAUGUGGGUCCUAUACGAACAUCCCGAAGUAGAUUUUAAGGAAUUGUCUCUUCGUUUCAUGGACAUCCGAAAGAGAAUCUUCAAAUUCCCCAAGAUGGGAACCAAGGCUAAGCUCGUUUGCAUCCCUACCACAUCUGGAACAGGCUCUGAGGUUACUCCAUUUGCUGUUGUUACCGAUGAUGCCACAGGCCAGAAGUAUCCUUUGGCCGACUACGAGUUAACACCUCACAUGGCCAUUGUCGAUGCCAACUUGGUGAUGCAGAUGCCAAAGGGCUUGACUGCUGCAGGAGGUAUUGAUGCUGUCGUUCACGCCAUGGAGGCUUAUGUAUCGGUAUUGGCCAACGAAUUUUCGGAUGGUCAAGCGCUGCAAGCUUUGAAGCUAUUGAAAGCUUACCUCCCUCGUUCGUACAAGAAUGGUGCGGACGAUCCCGUGGCUCGUGAGAAGGUGCACAACGCCGCGACAGUCGCUGGCAUUGCGUUUGCCAACUCGUUCUUGGGUGUAUGUCACUCAAUGGCCCACAAGCUUGGAGCAGAGUUCCACAUUCCACACGGUAUUGCCAAUGCAUUGUUGAUUUGCAACACCAUUCGAUUCAAUGCCACCAACAUGCCUACCAAGCAAACUGCCUUCUCUCAAUACGAUCGUCCAAAUGCUCUUCGUCGCUAUGGAGAGAUUGCGAUGCAUCUCGGGUUUACUCAAGAGCACACUAUGGACCGUGUGAAUGCGAUGCUUGCAUGGUUGGAUGAGUUGAAGCAAGAGCUUGAUAUUCCAUUGUCCAUCAAGGAAUGGGGUGUAGACGAGACUGAGUUCUUGGCGAAGGUUGAUCAAUUGGCGGUGAACGCGUUUGAUGAUCAAUGCACUGGAGCGAAUCCAAGAUUCCCAUUGAUCAGUGAGCUUCGAAAUGUCUUGUUGGACUCAUACUAUGGUCGCCCAUAUGUGGAGGACUAUGAACGAGGUGGUAUGGCCAAGAAUCUAUCGUGCGAUUCUUUCACCGUCUUACACCACGCCGCUGAACAAACCCAAGAAUAG